AUGGCACCAGUGAUUGCGACACCAACUUCACCUCAGAAAAGACCGCUGUCCAUAGCCAACUACGAUGCGCACCCUUCGAAGAAGCAGCGACAGUUCUACCAUCGACAUCAUACCCUUCAGUUUAAACAGCAGAGCAUACCAGGGAGUGAGCCGGCGCUGAUCGGUCAAGUACCUCUCCUUGAGCAGGCAGAAGAGACAGACGUAGAGCAAGGUCCGAAACCAGUUGGGCGAAGUCAAGUUGAUGAUUUUCUCGACCAUUCGAUCGUUUCUGUAUGUGAACAUGUUGCUGCUAGAGAUGGAUUCACGAAUACCUCCAUUGAUACCUGGGCACUGGAGAUGUUUAGAGGUUGUGUUGAAGAAUACGUUCUCACUCUAUGUAAAUAUAUUCGCCGUUCUAUGCUUGCUGCCCGUCGCACAGCGCCGAUUGCAACAGACCUCGAGAGUGCGUUUCAAGCUGUACAGGUUCCUACCCCAGAAGAUCAGUUACCGCCACGGUCGAGACCGAAACCUCCACCCUCAAUAUCCUUACUGCCAACGCCUCCCCCGGAUGAUUUCUUCGACACACGUGAGCUGCCUGAAUCAAUCCUCGGAUCUGAUCUGAAUGGGAAAGAAGAGAGGCGAAGAGAUCAGCAUAUUCCAUCAACUUUCCCAGCGUUUCCUUCACCGCAUACCUUUCGCGAUACACCAAUCCUUCCGCCCCGAGAGAGAGAUCCAAGAAGGGUAAGGGAGCUUGCAACCGAGGAAGGAAGAUUGGGAGAACAGGCAUUGAGAAAGCUGGCCACUGCGGUGAGAGGUGAAGGAAAACUGGAUUUGUCGACAUCACCAGAUCGUACGACUGCUGCAGCACAGCGAGGAGGACGCCAAAAGAAGGUGGAGCUUACCAUGGAGGGGAUGUUCGAGGAGACGAUGAAGGAGCUGGCAAAGGCCGAGAGAGGGAAAGGUCUGGCUGGUACCACAGCUGCAGUAGGCGAAGGCUUUGAAGUGGCGCCGAUUGUGAAUAGUGAGCGAAAAUAUUGGAUGCCGGACACGAGCCGGCGGAAGACCCAAAGGAUCGAGCCAUCUCACAUGGUAGCGAAAGUUGGAACACAGCACCAUGCUCUGUCCGAAAAAGCUCGAGGCAAGCAGAGAGCUGGUGAUUCGCGUACUCAACCCACGGAUGAUGAUCUGGAUAUGAACUUCCCAUAA